AUGGAACUACAACUCCCAUCCCCCCUCUCCUCAAUCCCCCGAACCCCCCUCCUCCUCGGCCCCUCCCCAAUCCACCCCCUCCCCCGCAUCUCACUCGACCUAGGUGGCGCUGCAACAAUCUACGCCAAACGCGACGACCUCAACUCCGCCUACGCCCACGGCGGCAAUAAAACCCGCAAACUCGAGUAUCUCCUCGCCGACGCCCUGUCCCACUCAGCAGAUACACUCGUGUCUAUCGGCGGCGUGCAGAGUAAUCAUACGAGACAGGUUGCUGCGGUCGCUGCUAGAUCUGGAUUGAAAGCUGCGCUCGUGCAGGAGAAGUGGGUUGAUUGGGAGGACCAGGGUUAUGAAUCUGUGGGGAAUAUUCAGUUGAGUCGGCUUAUGGGUGCUGAUAUUAGACUUGAGCGCGAGGAGGGGUUUGGUAUUCAACAUAAAGGGACUGUUAAGGGGGUUACUGAGGAGAUUGAGAAAAAUGGUGGGAAGCCGUAUUAUAUUCCUGCCGGGGCGUCGGAUCAUCCGCUUGGUGGGCUUGGUUUCGCGCGGUGGGCGUUUGAAGUGAGGCAGCAGGAGAGGGAGAUGGGUGUUGAGUUCGGGACUGUGAUUGUGUGUGCGGUGACGGGGUCGACGUUUGCCGGGAUGAUUGCUGGUUUCAAGCUGGUUGAGAAGCUUGAGCCUGGGUUGGCGAAGAAGAAGGUCAUCGGGAUUGAUGGGUCUGCGACGCCGGAGCAGACCAAGGCGCAGGUGUUGAGGAUUGCGAGGAAUACUGCGGUCAAGAUUGGCUUGGAGGAGGGGGAUAUUACCGAGGAGGAUGUUAUUCUGGACGAGCGGUAUCAUGCGGGGACUUAUGGGAUUCCGGAUAAGCAGACUUGGGAGGCUAUGGAGUAUGCUGCUCGGAUGGAGGCGUUUAUCACGGACCCUGUCUACGAGGGUAAGAGUUUCGCGGGUAUGGUGGAUAUGAUCCGGAAGGGCGAGAUCCAGGGCAAUGUUUUGUAUGCUCAUCUGGGUGGGCAGUUGGCUUUGAACGCUUACUCCCAGUUGGGUCAGACUAAGUAG